AUGGCACCACCUCAAUUAUCCAGUUUUGCUUUGAGAUCUGUUCUUGAGAAAGAUAAACUAAAUGAAACUAACUUCACCAACUGGUAUCGGAACCUGAGAAUCGUUCUCAGGCACGAUAAGAAAGGACAUGUCAUAGAGAACCCACUUCCAGAGGAGCUGGCUGAUAAUGCCACUGCUGCUGUUAGAAACGCCUAUCAACGCUCAUGUGAUGAGUCGAUUGAGAUCAGCUGUCUGAUGCUUGCCUAUAUGGAGCCCGAACUGCAGCAGCAGUUUGAGAAUGUUGAGGCUUUCGAUAUGAUCGAGACUCUCAAAGGCAUGUUUCAGACUCAGGCUAGGACCGGAAGAUUUAAUGUCUGGAGGUCCUUCCUGGAGACUAAGCUGAAAGAAGGCGAACCCUUGAGCCUGCAUGUAAUCAAGUUGGUUGGUUACACGCAAAGCUUGGAGAAGCUGGGCUUUCCGCUGAGCCAAGAGUUGGCCACGGAUACAAUUCUGGCAUCUCUUCCGCCGAGCUAUGCGCAGUUCGUUCAGAACUACCAUAUGCAUGGCAUGGAAAAGAAAGUCACUGAAUUGCAUGGGAUGCUUAAAACAGCAGAGGAGGGUAUCAAGAAAAAUACCAAGCAAGUGUUGUUGAAAGAUAAACUGAAGUCCAAUGGAAGCAACUUUACGGACUGGUUCCGGAAUGUGAGGAUUAUCCUCGAAGCUACCAAAAAGGCUUAUGUUUUUGAUGCAGCACUUGGUGCAGAACCCGCAACAACUGAGUCUGCUGACCUCCAAAAGCGUUUUGAGCACCACUCGGCAUAUGCUAUGAUUGGGGAACUGAAUACUUUAUUUCAGACCCAAGCCCGUGCGGAGAGGUAUGAUGCCUCCGAAAGGUUCUUUAACUGCAAGAUGGAGGAGAACAGCUCCGUUAGCGAGCACGUGCUCAGAAUGUCUGGGUACGCCGACCGCCUGAGACAACUGGGAAUUGAGAUUCCUAAUGAAUUAGGCAUUGACCGGGUUCUUCAGUCACUACCACCUAGCUAUAAAAGUUUUGUGGUGAACUACAAUAUGCAAGGGAUGGAUAGGACACUUCCUCAGCUCCUCGCGAUGUUAAAAACUGCGGAGGUGGAAAUCAAAAAGGAGCAUCAAGUGUUGAUGGUCAAUAAGACCACCAGUUUCAAGAAGGCAAAGGGUAAGAAGGGAAAUUUCAAGAAGGGUGGCAAAACUGUUGCCACUCCCGCGAAGAAGCCCAAAUCUGGACCUAAGCCGGAUACUGAGUGCUUCUACUGCAAGGGGACUGGCCACUGGAAGCGUGACUGCCCCAAGUACUUGGCAGAUAAGAAGGCUGGCAAUGUCAAAGGUGAAUAUUUGAGUUACGAGUUUGGCACGCAUUUAAGACAAUGUGGAAUUGUUUCACAACUUACGCCGCCUGGAACACCACAACGCAAUGGUGUGUCCGAACGUCGUAAUCGUACUUUAUUGGAUAUGGUACGGUCUAUGAUGUCUCUUACUGAUUUGCCACUGUCGUUUUGGGGUUAUGCAUUAGAGACAUCCGCAUUCACUUUAAAUAGGGCACCAUCUAAAUCCGUUGAAACGACACCGUAUGAAUUAUGGUUUGGCAAGAAACCUAAGCUGUCCUUUCUUAAAGUUUGGGGAUGCGAAGCUUAUGUAAAAAGGCUACAACCUGAUAAGCUCGAACCCAAGUCGGAAAAAUGCGUCUUCAUAGGAUACCCUAAAGAAACAAUUGGGUACACCUUCUAUCACAGAUCCGAAGGAAAAGUGUUUGUCGCUAAGAACGGGUCCUUUCUAGAGAAGGAGUUUCUCUCGAAAGAAGUGAGUGGGAGGAAGGUAGAGCUCGAUGAGGUUAUUGAACCUUCUCUCGAAUUUGAGUGUAGCGCAGCACCAGAAACUGUUCCCGUGCAUCCUGCAUCAGCUAGAGAGGAAGCUAAUGAUAAUGAUCAUGAAGUUUUGAAUGAGACAACUACUGAACUUCGCAGGUCGACGAGAACACGUAAUACUCCUGAGUGGUACAAUGUUCGUGUCAUGAAUGUCAUGUUGUUGGACAACGAUGAACCUGCGAAUUAUGAGGAAGCGAUGAUGAGCCCAGACUCCGAAAAAUGGUUAGAAGCCAUGAAAUCCGAAAUGGGAUCCAUGUAUGAAAACCAAGUAUGGACUUUGGUAGACUUACCGAAUGACCGAAAGGCCGUUGAGAACAAAUGGAUUUUCAAGAAGAAAACAGAUGCUGAUGGAAAUGUUACCGUCUAUAAAGCUCGACUUGUGAUCAAAGGGUUUGGAUUUGUCCAAACUCACGGAGAAGCUUGUAUUUACAAGAAAGUGAGUGGGAGCUCUGUAGCAUUUCUAAUACUGUAUGUGGAUGACAUAUUGCUGAUUGGGAAUGAUAUAGAACUUCUUAAAAGUGUUAAAGGCUAUUUGAAUAAAAGUUUUUCAAUGAAAGACCUUGGUGAAGCAGCUUACAUAUUAGGCAUCAAGAUUUAUAGGGAUGACUCUGAGUCUCAAUCCGGAUACGUAUUUAUUUUGAAUGGUGGUUCGAUCAUCCGCUCCAUAACGGAGUUUGUUGAUCGCUAUGAAGGGGUGACGGCUGAGCGAGAUAAGCUUCGCCGAGACUUGGAACGAAGCCAGCAAGAGCUAAGGUCUGCUCAAGGCCUGCUUUGCUUGUCCGGUUUCUUGCCCUCGAGUGAGAAUUCACUCGACAGGGUGAUCGACGUUGCGGCAAGCGUCUACUCUAGAGCGGCGACUGGGAUCCAGGGAGCUUCCAGGGUGCUCACCGGUUUGUUCGGGAAGAUGUUUCCUGACGAGCCGGUGCCGGAGUCGCUAGGAAAGCUCAUAGAAUUUUUCAACGCUGACACGGAUUCCCUGGACGAGUUCAGCCGGGUUCAAACCAACUCCGGUGCAGAGUCGACGUUCGUGUUAGCGUUAGCACACGGCAUCGGCGAGGACGUGCUGCGGAAGGUGGCUUCGGGCCCUCCGUUGUUACCCAGUGGGGAGGAGGUGGCUUUGACGCCUUACUUCCAGCUUGGGGAAGAACUGGCGGCCCAGCUGUCGGCUCAGCUAGGGAGCACGACCUCUGAGGGAGAAGCGGCUCCACCAUCGUCGGCUCCUGCACCGAGCCAGGAGGUGGGCCAAGCUUGA